AUGACUAAAGAUGAGUGGAGUGGUUACUGUAUGGCGAAUCGAGGUGUUUGCGCGGAGAGGUUUGUCAAAAUGAACGAAGCUUUCGUCCGUAAAAUUGUUGUAAGUAGAGUGCUGUAAGUCGUUUUGACGCACUACGGUAAAAUAGACUACUGAACGGUGUUCUUUAUUCUACCACACUAAUAAUUCAGGUAAUUUAGAUUGCCAAAGACUAUAAAAUGAUGAAUUGCAUUAUGCCCAAGUGCAUGAGUACAAUUACUACGAUGAUUUAUGCGUAUUUAACGGAUCCAGCGGCUUACAAACGGUUUGAUUGGAAUAACAGCCGCGGAAUAAGGUAAAAUACGGUCCCAAGGAGACCCAUGCUCUUUCUAUUUUCCAGUGCAACGCACCAUGUCAACGAUUUUGACAGUUUAUACACUUUUCAACACAAUUUAAGAGUGACCAACGAAGAUCUCAAGGGGUGGAGUAUGAAUGUGGCUAUAAGAGAUCCGCUGGAUCGAUUUACCAGUGCUUGGGUUAACAAGUGCAUAGAGUAGGUCAUGAGUGACUCAGUAGUCGUAUAUGUUUAUAGAGAACGGACCGAAUUGGAGAGAGAUAGUAUACUUUAUGGAGGAGGAGAGCUCUGUUAUGGGUGUGGAGAAGACUUGGAAUGCUUCCUUAAAGAACAAUAUAAACGAGCAAUGCUAUAUACAAAAGGAGGAAUGACUCUGUUGUCGUAUGAAGAUCAACACACAUUUCCUCAGAAUUGGUAAGCAGAGUACUGUAAAAACAUUAUGGAAAAACAUUAUUUUUACAGUAAUGAAACAUGGCUAAUAUCUCAUAAAUUUCUACCUCCUCGUCAUUUCAGGUUCUGCGAUUUUGAACACCACCUCAGCGACUACAAUGUAAUCAAGCACACAUCAAACCGAAAAGGAAAGGAGGCCUUUCAUAAGUGGUUUAGGAUAAUGUUGACGGCCAGAAAAGUCCCUCAAGAGAAGAUAGAUUUUAUCUACAAACACAUUCUAACUCCACUUAAUGCUAAGAAGACUAAACUCCGAGAUCGACGACAUGAGAUUGUUAAACAACGAGCUGAAGAUGCAAAAUCUCGGCUAUUACGAGACGAGACCCUAUACAAUAUUUUCAUGGCUAUGUUUAUCCAUGACUACAUCAUAUUCGACUACGAGAUUCCACAGAAAAUAUCUUAA